AUGGCCACCAAAGUGGAAGACAAUCCAUUCGAAAAGGGUCCUCUUCCAUAUCCAACAGGUGGUGGUUCUGAUUUUUACCGUUCCUCUCGGGGUGGUGGACCAACUGGUCUUGGUCCAAAGUCUUUUUACCGUCUUUGGAAGAAUAUGGGAUACAAGGCUCUUACGGUAAAUGAAUUUAAUACCUCCAAAUUCUCUGGAAACAUUCAUAACCCUCGAAAAGGGUUCACCUUCUCAUACUUUGCCAUUGGAGUCACUUUUGCAAACUCGAUGGUGAUGCGUGAUGAUUAUGGUGUCAACUCCAGACCGAUCAAUAUAAAAUGA